AUGACCUUGAAGGAGAGGGUGGAUCGCUACUUCAAGGUGUCCGAGCGCGGCUCCAAUGUGGGGCGGGAGAUCAAGUCGGGCGUGGUGACCUUCAUGACCGCCAGCUACAUCCUGCUGGUGAACCCACAGAUCCUGGGCCUGGCAGGCCUGCCCGUCAAGGCCGUGGUCACCGCCACCGCCCUCUCCUCCAUGCUCGCCUCCCUGCUGUGCGGCCUCAUGUCCAACCUGCCCGUCGGCAUCUCGCCAGGCAUGGGCCUCAACGCUUACCUGGUGUUCAGCCAGGUGGUGGGCAUGGGCCUGUUGCUGACCUUCAUCGGCCUGCAGACCAGCAAGAUUGUGGUGGCGGCCCCCGAGACGAUGGUCACCAUGGGCGACCUGUUUGCGCUGGAGCCGCUCCUGGCCAUCGGCGGCCUGGCCGUCAUCUCCGCGCUGCACUACCGCAACGUCAAGGGCUCCAUCAUCAUCGGCGUGCUGCUCGUCGCGCUGGCCUACUUUGCCGCCAAGGGCGCCUGGCCCACAGAGUGCGCGGGGGCUGGGGGAGGGGCCUGUGGGUUUGAUGCUUUUGUGGCGCUGCCACACCUCAAGUUCUUCGCCCUUGACUUCUCGGAGCUGCUUGCUUUCAAGCCCUCAGCCUGGUCCGCGGUGCUGGCCUACACGCUGGUCAUGAUCUUCGACAUCGGCGGCGCCAUGUUUGGGCUGGGCAACUUGGCGGGGCUGGUGCGGGACGGGCACGUGCCCGGCGCGGUGUGGACCUACCUGGCGGCUUCCGCCGGUACCGCGCUGGGCGCGCUGACGGGCACCACCCCGCUCAUCAUCGCCGCCGAGUCGGCGGUGGGCAUCAAGGAGGGCGGGCGCACGGGCCUGGUGGCCGUCACCGUGGCAGGAUGCUUCGCCGUCAGCAUGCUGCUGUCGCCCUUCCUCCAGGCCAUCCCCCAGCUGGCCACUGCGCCCGUGCUGGUGCUGGUGGGGGCGAUGAUGAUGGGAGAGUCCACCCACAUCGACUGGAGCAGCAUGCUCACCGCCGUGCCCGCCUUCCUCACCAUCGUCAUACAGCCCUUCACCUUCUCCAUCGCCAACGGCAUCUACGCGGGCCUCACCAUGUCGGUGCUCCUCUUCUUCCUCACCGGACAGUUCCUGGAGGUGUUCCGCGGCGCUAAGGGCGAGGGUGGAGACCUGGAGACGCCGCUGCUGGGCGGCUCCGAUGGCGGCGGCGGCGCCGACGAGGAGCCCAAUGGCCACGUCCCGGGCGCCGACACCCCGCGCCUGCCGCCCCUGCCCGGCGUCGCCGAGGGCGGGCAGGCGAUCCCCAUCGGCGCCGCGCUGCGCCGCAACCUGCCCCACGAGGUGGCAGCCCUGGUGGGCAGCCUGACGGGGUCGCUGCGCUCCCGCGGCAGCGCGCCUUAUCAACGCAACAGCUACACCAUGUACAUCAACGUGGCGGGCAGCGGCGCGGGCACAACGCCCAGCGUGGGCAGCGGCGCGCGCAGCUCGCGCGCCGGGUCAGACGCGCCGCACGGCGGCUCCGACCUGGGCCACCACUUAGACCACUGA